ACUACAGCGACCAAACACGGUAGUGAUAGAUUUAAAGUAGUAACAGAACAAUUGAGGUAGUGAUCGACCAAAAUCGACUCAUAGAUGCGCUAUGGCGAGUAUGCGAUGUUUUCUCUUUCACGUCUAAACUCCUGUUAUUUUUUCCAACUGUAUUUAACGUAAUCACAAACGAUCUCACUGAUAAACUGAACAAAUUUACGCUGUUAGCUUCUUUUACAAACUUACAAAACUUUACGAGAUAAAGACAACAAAAUACACAAUGAAGUAUUAUGAAAACACUAUGGUCUUUCAAUUUGAUUGGACCCAAGUUGCACGAGGUUUCUUUCAAAGAUACCCGAAUCCACAUAGUUCACACGUUCUUACUGAGGAUACUGUUUCGAGAGAAAUCAAAGAUGGAAAGCUCUACUCUACACGGUUACUAACAAAAACUAACAGAGUACCAAAAUGGGGUGAAAGGUUCAUCAGUAAGAAUAUAGUCAAAAUUGUGGAGGAAAGUAUUGUUGAUCCAAAAGCAAAAACUUUAACUACCUAUACAAGGAAUUUAGGAUAUACCAAAGUUAUGAGUAUUAUUGAAAAAGUAGUUUAUGAAAUCUCUGAAGAAAAUCCAGAAUGGACAGUUGCCAAAAGGUGUGCAUGGAUUGACAGCCAGGUCUUUGGUUUCAGUAGAGCAAUCCAAGCUUUUGGAAUGGAUCGGUUUAAGAAAAACUGCAACAAAAUGUCAGAAGGCUUUAAUUAUGUUCUCACAAAUAUGUUCCCUCAGAGAGCUCAGUUUAUAAAUCCACAGCUCUCUCAAACAAGUUUCUCCAUGCAAGCUGGCCAUAGCACUACUGAUGAUGGCAUUGCUCAAACAAAACCGAGCCUUGCAGAGGAUUUGCAACAUUCAUUACAGGGUAAAGCAGAAAAAGUAAAAGAUGCUGCUAAGAAAGCCAAAAACCUGGCAAAACAAAAAGCAGGACCAAUAUAUGCAGCUUAUCAGUCAAACCAAUCAUAAACAUUCAUACAAGCAAUGAUUGUGGCUCAUUGAGUGUGAGUAAUGCCAUUUCGCAAAGAAAAUAUUUGGGAGUAACAUCAUAGUAUUGUCCCAAUGCACCUUGGAUUGUAUGAAGAUAAAACGUUAAUGAUUAAUGUAAUUAAUGUAAUUAUACAUUAAUUGGUGAGUGGAAUAUGAAACAAGUAGGAUAAAUAGAGUCGGAAGGUUAAUUGAUAAACAAUUGAAAGUUGAGAUUUUGAAAGAUUUAUUGCAACUUGCUGAGAUGAAUAGAUUUAUAAGGAGUGCAGAAUAUAAUAUCUAUGUGAAAUUCGAAAAAAAUCGCGACACAUUUAUCUCGUAUAUUAUCAUUCCUUUUAACUGCCAGGUCGUCAAUAGCGCUAUCAAAUGUGAUAUAUAUAAACUGGAAUGUGCAUUAAAUUACUUAUUUUUUAUGUACAAACGGUACUUUCUAGCUGUUUAAUAAUUUCCAAGCAAUAUUUUUUUCUUAUAUGAAUAAAUGAGAAAAGCAUUACGUUAUAUGUAUUUACAAGCACAUAUGUAGUGUUUAUUUGCAUAUGUGUCGACCGUUCAUAUUCGUGUGAGCAGUCGAGAAUUGCACAGAAUAAAGCAUUUUACAUCUAGUUAUUAAUAUAUUGAAGAAAUCAAUCGCAUAUGAGCAACUUUGAAAGAAUAUUUUUAUCAUAAAUUAUUAAAAUUUAAAUCAAACUAUUUUUUUCAUUAAUAUGUACAUGUAUGUGAAUGUGCGUAUGUGUAAUAUUUUUUAAUAUGUUUCGUCAAUACGAAUAACGUCGAUCAGCUAAUUGAUGCAGCUAAUUGGAAAACUUGACUUUAUUUUAUCAAUAUGUAUCUUAGAUAUCACAAUUUUAAUUUUACUACAUUUUACACAUAGAAUUGUCUACAUGAAAUAUUAUUAACUAAUCGACAAUAUCCCAUUUGUGUCAUAAAAAAUAAACAUUUAAAAUAUUAAGCAAAAUUUUACCACUAUUCUUAGGAUUAAUAAAAAUAAUUUUCAACAUUUUAAAUGGUCUAUCUUUUGUGCAUGUAUUUAAAUAUUUUUUUAAUAUCCCAGAAAAAGUGCCGUACAAAAAUCAUAGUAUUGUAUCUGCUUUUAAUGUUUAGUUUAAAUUAACGUUAAUUGACACAAUUAUAUAAAUUAUACGAAUAUACAGUUGAAAAGAUUAUUGCACAAAAUGUAUAUUUUAGAAUGUUUCUCAAAUUUUAAGCUAAACGAGUUAACAAUCAAAACUCCAGUUAUACGUUACAGUUAUAUUUCUAUAAAAUUAUCGAUCGAAUGAAAUUAAAUCCUUUAUACGUUUGUCUCGAGAAUUAAAUGUAUGAAUCAAUGAAUAUUAUCACAUUAUACUACAUUGUAUUAAAUUCAGUCUAGUCGCCAAAUAAAUAAUAAUGAUGUUCUUGAAGCUUUAGGUCAGAAAGAAUAACAAUACAUAGUAUGUAUCUCACAUUCUCACACCGACGAGAUUAGUUGGUCACGUAUAUGUAUAUGUAUAUAUAUAUGUAUAUAUAUAGUAUGUAUGUGUGUGUAGUGUUUACAUACAUAUAUAUGUAUAUAUACAGUACAGAAAGAUUGCUAAUUAUGUAUAUAUAGGAAACAGAGAAGAGAUAAAUUUGAAGAAGUUGUAACGUAGUAUGUAUAAUACAUCCUACAUCCAGUGAUAGCUUUAAGAAUAAUGUCUAGCAUAAUAUCUACAUGUAUAUAAUGUUAAUUAUAGUAUUAAUUCUUAAAAGUAACAUUAAUAUAUUGUACACUAUUUUGUCCACAUAGACGCGCAUACAAAAGUUGAGUAAAAUAUUUCAUACGGUAGUAAUAUACGCUUUGAAGAUAAAAUCUUAUUCGAGACCUCUGUAUUCGAACGCCGUAUUCCCGACCUCAAAUCAAGGCACAAAUAAGACCAUGUUUAUUGAGUAACUUCAUUCGCAUACACGACAAUGCCAUUGAUACGUAUGGAGAAUGUCGCCAUACGCAACUUGGACAUCCCCGCCAGUUGCAAACGAUCAGGGAUCUCCCUGUUAUAUAUUUUCCAUAUUAAUAUCGUUUUCAGUAUGAUUCUCAGGAGCGUAUAUAUUUCACCAAAUUAUGUUAUAUUUCGUCAGAUUACAUGUUUAAGUCAACGGAAAAAAAUGGAAAAUGUUAAAGGAAAUUAUAUAUGAAGAUAUUUCUGUUGAAAUCAUAGAAUUUAUAGAUAUAUAUAGUUAUAAUAAACUAUUCGUAAAAUAA